AAAGAGAGAGGAGACUAGGACGUGGCGCUGGAAAAUUGAAGAGGGGAAGAACGAGAGGGGAGCGAGAGCGAGCAAACGCGAAUGAGAAUGUCAUGAUAUGGUCUGGCCUUUGUACGAUUCCAUAAAAGAAUGCUGCUUCCACAUUUAUUAAAGUCAAGGCGCAUGUAAAACGUCUUCCUGUAAUUUUUUCUCAAACGGCACUAGCAAGAUGGACAUUUCAAUACGGGAAAGAAUUCUCAGCUUUGCUGAUGUUGUAAUGAGAGUGCCACCUUUAUUCAUCAUUGACGAAUUACUCAGAAUUGGCCUUGGUUUUCCUAAUGACAAUAUUGUAAUACUGGAAAGUAAUGAAUAUGGCUUUAAAACUACCAAUUUAUCAAGCAUCGCUAGUUCCAUUUCUACAGUUACAACAGACUCGUUUCUAAUGGAUCAGCUCGAUUUUACUCAUCUUGUUUACAAGGCUUACCUAAUAAUCAUAUUUAAAUUUUUAUGUUGUUGUGUAGGUUUUCUUGCAGCCUUAUACACAUUCAUGUUGUGUACUAGACAUUUGAUAAUUGUAUACUUAUAUUUAAUAUCUGUAGGAGUAAUAUUUGUAUCAUACUGGUCAAAUGUUAGUACAAUGAAAGCAAUCAUAGCUUACAUGAGUGUCCACGAAUCAACAACCAGCAUACUUGACAAUAUAUUAUGUCUAAAUUUAUCGGAUGUUCUAUACAAUGGUCCGGGUUUUCUAAUUAUCCAGAAUUAUAUACUGCAAUGUCUGCUAGCCAGCGUCUUUUGUUACAUACAUCUUGCCCCAAGACAUCCUAUAAUUCAAAAGCUUCUUGUACUGAGCUUUAUGUCACCAUCCAUCUUGGGUAUCCAUCCUUUACCGACGCAAUAUCUAUAUCACGCACCAGUGUGCGCAACGUUAAUCCCAUUGGCUGUGUGCAAAUUUGUCAUCUGGUAUAAUGGCGUCAACAUAUUAAAAACAAUGUACAUGGGCUAUCGACACGCACGCAACUUUAUAAUCAAUUACGGUUUAUCCGCUCUCGCGGAAACAGAAUGGAUGCGCUUGAAUGUGCCAUGCGUACUUCGUACGUUUUGGAUGCUGCGUAUGGGAGAACAAGUCGUUCAAAUUCUUGGGAAUCACUACGGCGAGGAAACAUUUAAUUAUUACGUCAUGAUCAGAACGCUGUUGGUAAAUGGAUGCGAGACAUUGACAGCUGUUCUUGGUAUGACCAGCAUAAUCUCAUUCAUCUGUCACUAUAUCGGCUGCUUCUUCCAAUGGAUAUUAUUGACAGAAGACGAAGAUGAAAAGAGUAUCGGCACGGUGUCCGCUAUACUAUUCUACAUUCUUGCUCUACAAACAGGAUUGACGAGUCUUGAUAGAGAGAAGCGUCUAGUACGACUAUAUCGUAAUUUUUGCCUAUUAUUUACGGCGAUUUUACAUUUUGUGCACAAUAUAGUGAAUCCACUAUUGAUGUCGCUCAGUGCUUCUCAUAAUCCAGCACUACAUAGACAUUUACGAGCUUUGGCGGUCUGUGCUUUUCUAAUAUUCUUCCCGAUAUCGUUACUUGUGUUCCUCUGGUCCCAUUUCUCCGUGAGUACAUGGUUAUUGGCUGUAUCGGUUUUCAGCAUCGAGGUAAUAGUCAAAGUGCUGGUCUCACUAGCAAUUUAUUCGUUGUUUCUAAUUGAUGCAUACAGAAGCACAUUCUGGGAACAAUUUGACGAUUGUGUGUACGUAAUAAGAUCGUUUGGCAAUACUGUAGAAUUCGCUUUUGGCAUUAUAUUGUUUUUUAACGGUUUCUGGAUAUUGAUCUUCGAGUCUGGUGGAGCUAUUCGUGCCAUCAUGAUGUGUAUACACGCUUACUUUAAUAUCUGGUGCGAAGCGAAGGCUGGAUGGAGCGUUUUUAUGAAACGCCGGACGGCUGUGAAUAAGAUCAAUUCUUUACCGGAAGCAAAAGUCGAACAACUUGAACAGUUAGACGAUGUUUGUGCAAUUUGCUAUCAAGAAAUGCGAAGCGCCAAGAUCACCCAAUGCAAUCAUUAUUUCCAUGGUGUAUGCUUGCGGAAAUGGUUAUACGUUCAAGAUCGAUGUCCUCUUUGCCAUGACAUACUGUAUAAAGUUGAAAGCGUCCAAAACAGAGACAUAGUUCUGGUUGAAGAAAACGGCAGAAACGACAUUGAAGAUGAUGUAGUUGUGCAAACUAGACAGAAUUCAAAUGUUCAAUCUCGUCAAAAUCAUCAUAGACAAUUGGACGAGCAUUCGAAUGAAGGGAGAUGAAAUGACGUGGCUCUUCACGCAUAUUUUGUGAUAUGAUGUAGAUAGACACUAAUUUUUUUAAUACUAAUUUUGAUCGCAGAACACCAGAACAUUCGUGGAAUCUAGCUUGAAAAUUUCGCUCGUUUGUAUUAUAUUACUUCAACUCGAUUAUUGGA